UAGUUCACAAGGUUUGUUUUACUGAUAUACAUAUCUGUUCGAAUGCAUUUGCAAUUCUAUUUCAAAUGCAAAUUAGUGUUGUUAUUAUAUAGUGAAUUAUAUUAUAUAGAAUUUUAUGUUUUAACUGAUUGUCGCAUUAAGUGAACCUCUUAGGAUCAGUAAAACUGUAAACUGAAGAAGAUUAAGUUUAAUUAAACGGUCAAGAACAUCAAGUAAAAAACAAUGUUUAUCACCAUAUUGUUAUUAUCUAUGUUUAUUUUAUUGGUGUAUUAUUAUUACGUACAUUACGGAAGAAAUGGGCGACUCCUCAAUCUUGUACCAGGACCAUCAGCCGUUCCGAUUCUUGGCAACGCAACUCAAUUCAAUGUUUCAGUAGAGGAACUAUGGAAACUGGUUAUUAUUACCCUAUCGGAUAAGUAUUAUCCCAUUUUUAAAGUAUGGAGUUGCUUCACGUAUUGUACGUGUAUCCGUCAUCCAGAUGAUCUGGAGACGAUACUGAGCAGCACCAAGCAUAUCCAGAAAGGUUAUUUAUAUAAUUUAUUGCAUUCUUGGUUAGGUACAGGUCUUCUCACAAGCACAGGCGCUAAGUGGCAUGCACGACGAAAGAUAUUAACACCUGCAUUCCAUUUUAAUAUAUUAAAUCAAUUUAUUGAUAUCUUGAUCAAGGAGGGCGAUUAUAUGACAGAAUCUUUGAAAGAUGUCGGAGGGACAGUUGUAAAAGAUUUAAUACCAUUUAUUACUAAACAUACGCUAAACGCCAUAUGCGAAACUGCCAUGGGCGUCUCUCUGCAAAAAUUUGGCAAGUUCGAGCAACAGUAUCGAAAUGCGGUUCACGAUUUAAUCGAACUGGUGGUUUAUAGAAUGUGCAGACCUUGGUACUACAAUAAUUUGUUAUUCUCGUUAUCGCCACAAGGAAGAAAGCAAAAAAAGAUUUUAAAAAUAUUGCAUGGAUUUACGGAAAAAGUCAUCGCGGAAAGAAAGCUUUAUCACGAACGCACCAAUUAUCGAUAUUUGGAUAACCUUGAAAAUGACAAAGAGACGGAAAUAAAUGAUGUCGAGGUGUUUGGAAUUAAGAAAAAGCGGCUAGCAAUGUUAGAUCUCUUAAUAGCAGUAUCUCGAGACCAUUUUUUAUCGGAUUUGGACAUCAGAGAAGAAGUCGAUACCUUUAUGUUUGAGGGUCACGAUACUACAGCGAUGGGCAUAACGUUUGCUUUAUUAUUAUUAGCUGAACACAAAGAUAUUCAGGAGCGUGUGAGGAUUGAAGUGGAAAACGCGAUGCAAGAAAGCGGAGGAAAACUUACCAUGAAAUCGUUGCAAAAUUUACCAUAUCUAGAGAGAUGUUUAAAGGAAACGCUACGUUUAUAUCCCAGCGUGUUUUUCAUAUUACGAAACGUUGAGGAGGAUGUUAAAUUAAACUCAUAUGUUAUACCUACUGGAACGAUGUUAUUUCUUAAUAUUUAUGGAGUUCAUAGAGAUCCCAAUUUUUGGUCAAAUCCAGAAGUAUUUGAUCCGGAUAGAUUUUUGCCCGAGAGAAUACAGAAUCGACAUCCUUAUUCCUAUCUACCCUUCAGCGCAGGACCGAGAAAUUGCAUAGGUCAACGAUUUGGUCUUCUGGAAUUGAAGUCUAUGAUCGCUCCUUUGAUACACAAUUUUUAUUUGGAGCCUUUAGAUCAUUUAAAAGAUAUCCGGUUAAAGGCUGAUAUCAUAAUUCGUCCUUCUCAUCCGGUUCAUAUAAAAUUCAUCCCAAUCAUUCGCAAAUAAUCGUUUAAAACUAACAUAAAUACCAUAUAAGUAUAAGUAAUUGAUAAAAAUAUUUUAUAAAAUGAUCCAACAUGUAACUGUAUAUAUAUAUUUUACAUUAAAUAUGUUUUAUUUCUAAUUAA